ACGCAGUUGGUAUAAGUGUUUUCACAGGCAUUGAUAGAGGGUUUUGUGUUUGCAAGUUCGCAUAUUAUUAUUUGUAUAAUUGUUAAAAGUAACAGCAACCAUGGUGCAUCUCAAUUUUAUGCCUGGCAUGAAACUGUCUUCUUUGAAGGCUCACAAAUCGCUGGUCCCGCUGUUUGCAUGUAUUGGAGUUGGGUUUUUUGGUGCCAUGUUCUACCUGGCUAGAUUGGCCACCCAAGGACCUGAUGUGUGCUUUGAUAAGAAAAAUAGCCCACAUCCCAAUCUGAAACUGGAUCCGACAACACAGUACAAGUUCUAUUCUCCAUUGAGAGAUUAUUCCAAGGAAUCUUUCCCCCCUGAGCGACCCAACCUUGACGAGUAAGUCUGAAGAUACAAUGAAAAAAGACCCGACAUGGAGUUGAUGAAUCGAAACAAGAGCCAAUAAGAACUACCUCACCAAAACAAGCAUUAACUCAUUGUUAGGGGUGUCACGAUUCACCUACAUCAUGAUACAUAGCCAGCCAUACCUCAUUCACAUUGUUUUCCCCAUAAAACAAGAGCCAAUAAGAACUACUUCGCCAGAACCAGCAUUAACUCAUUGUUAAUGGUGUCACGAUUCAACUACCUUACAAUACAUAGCCAGUGAUACCGGAUUCACAUUGUUUUCCCCAUAAAAUAAGAAGUGAAUUAAAAAUAAGGAAAACUCGAUUUAAACACUUUUAAUGUGGAAAUAUUACAACAUAGGCAUAUUGAUAUAAACAGCAAUUUUUUUUCUGUCCACUAUCAUUUUUUUUUAAAGGAAAUAUGUUGUCAAUAGGUAUAUACUAGUUCAAACUGGUGUUGGUAAUUGAAUGCAGAAUUAAUAUAGGAAUCACUGAUGCCAUAUAACUGUAAAUAAAAUGGGUUGAGUGUGUCGUUAAAUAAAAUGGGUUGAGUGUGUCGUUAAAUAAAAUGGGUUGAGUGUGUCGUUAAAUAAAAUAUUUCCUUUAAAGGGACAGACCCUAGUUACAGCCCACGAAAAUGCAGCUUUAAAGGGACUGACCCUAGUUACAGCCCACGAAAAUGCAGCUUUAAAGGGACAGACCCUAGUUACAGCCCACGAAAAUGUAGCUUUAAAGGGACAGACCCUAGUUACAGCCCACGAAAAUGCAGCUUUAAAGGGACAGACCCUAGUUACAGCCCACGAAAAUGCAGCUUUAAAGGGACUGACCCUAGUUACAGCCCACGAAAAUGUAGCUUUAAAGGGACAGACCCUAGUUACAGCCCACGAAAAUGCAGCUUUAAAGGGACAGACCCUAGUUACAGCCCACGAAAAUGCAGCUUUAAAGGGACUGACCCUAGUUACAGCCCACGAAAAUGUAGCUUUAAAGGGACAGACCCUAGUUACAGCCCACAAAAAUGCAGCUUUAAAGGGACUGACCCUAGUUACAGCCCACGAAAAUGCAGCUUUAAAGGGACAGACCCUAGUUACAGCCCACGAAAAUGCACUCUUAAGUUUUGUUAGUCUACAAACUUGUAACACAUUUGGAUAAAGUUACAAUUGAGUGAAACAUUAGUCUGUGACUUUGAAAUGGUGAAAUACCCUCUAAAAAUACAGUAAAACUUGACUCAAUAACUGUUACUUCUCAGACGCACGUGCAUUUUUAAACAUACAUUAAAAGCACCAGAAUGAACAAAACCACUGUUCCAUGUAUGGAAAUGGAUACUAAAAUCCAAGUAAAGUAUGAUUUCAAAUAUGGCUCCAAUAGUAAAAAAUGUGCCUUAAAAACUAGGGCAUGUCCCGUUAAUAUAGGAAUUGAUACAUGGUUAAAAAAGGAAUUGAUAAAAAAGCAAGGGUAUCAUGUAUCUUAUUGUGAUGCAUCGUGACACCCCUAUUAAUUAUAUUUUAGUCUUCAACAAAUCUACCUGAAGUGUAUACUCAUAUUUUCUUUUAAGGCCUCUGGAGAAUCCCAUUUAUAGGUUACACAAAACAUUUUCAGGUAACGGAUUCCACCUUGUGUAACCUGUUAAAAUGAUGUUAGUUAUUUAAUGCACUAAUGAUGAAUAUGUUGCACAAAAUUACAUUUGCACAAGAAAUGCACAAUUAGUUAGCACAAUUUUCAGAGGCCUGUUUUUAUAAAUUAUCGAUAUUAAAUUGGUUAAAAUCCAUAGAUGCAUUAAAAAAAAAAUUCUAAAUUUAAUCAACAGUUACGUAAUGCUUAAGCUUUUAGUUGAACCAUGUAUUUCACACACAGGUGAACAGUAUCUCAUGCUCGCCCGUUAUCAUUUUGCAGAUUGUUUAUUUCUUUUACGUUCAUCUAAGUGUGAACUAAAAAAAAUAUUUGUAAACUGAAUCAGCGAAGCAGGUGAUUAUUUUUGGUCAUACCCUGAUGAAUGUAAACAAUAAGGCUUGAUAAGACAACGUGUCAAUAUAAAAUGAUGUCGUCGGAUAUGACAUUCCCUGACGACGUAAUUUUUACGUUCAUCAUAUUAACAUCUCCCACUGCUAGGUCUGGACCAAUGAGGUGACAUUAUGUUGUAAUGAAUGUUAGAAAUUUAAUUAUUUUCUUCAUAAAAAGAUUUAUUUUUAUUUUAUUUUAUGAAACUGCUUUUGUUAUGGAAAAUUUCUCACCUGACCUCACUUGUAAGCAAUAUUAUAAAUUUGGCAUUUGAAACUUUUUGUUCUCUUCAAAAGAAAUUUACACCGGACAAGUACAUUUUAAAAUCAACUUGUCCUUCAAUGUUUUUACUGAUCCGGAUAAGUUAAAAUAGCGAGGACAACGUUUUUGAUUUCUAAAAAUGUAACCCCAUUAUACAUUUUUUUAACUUGUCCUCUGCACGAGCACUAACAUACAUUUCGCUUGUCCCAGCAGAUUGUCGAAAACAUGCACAGAACCAGCAAAUUUUUUGAGAUACAUGCAUUAUUGUUAUGUUAUGUAUGGUUAUUUAGCUAAGACAUUGCUAACAUGUUUUAUAUUCCCAAUAUUAGCCACAGCAAGAAAGAGGUGUUGGAUUGUUUUUAAUUUUAUGUAAAAAUGGUCAUUAUUAUAAUAUGCUGCUCACUGUUGAGUUGUUGAAAACUGGUAUUUCUGUUUUCCAAUACAAAGACAGAUAUUUCUGUUUUCCAGUACAUAGACAGAUAUUUCUGUUUUCCAGUAUGUAGUAGUGUUGGUAUGAAGUGUCCCUACUGGCAGUAGCUAGUGGGAAUAUCCCCAUUAGCUCAGUUGGUAGAGUGCUGGACUCUUGAAAUGACGGUCUAUGGUUCGAAUCCUCUCAGUGGAGGUUGAUUUGUAUCUGAUACAAGUACAUAGACUGAUAUUUCUGUUUUCCAGUUCAUAGAUCAAGACUAAUUACAUUGGACAGUUUAUAUGGCAUGUUAAUUCAGCAAAAUUAGUUUUGAUUAAUGAAUGUUAAACCCCAGCACAAAAAUACACAUGGCUGGAUUAAUUUUAUUUUCUCCACAACACCGAUGUUUAUUUUACGGGUCGGUUUGCCUCUGCGUUUUUUCCUUUUCCUCUCUGGCUACUCCCCAGGCCAUUGAGUGACUCGCAAUCUUGAAGAACAUACAAAACUAUUAGCAUUUUGCAUUACGUAAAUGUUGAAUAAUUCAUGUGGAGAAAGUGGCUGGGUCUUCCAUUCUUCUCCCUCUGAAUUUUAUUAACUUUAUUCAGAACAACUCCAUGUUAUAAAUAUUGUGUUUGCAGUUCACAUGGGUGGGUUUUUUUAGCAAGUGUUCGUGUAUUGUGUAUAUAUUAUUCUGUUCUACUCUGACAUUUACUGCCUAAAUAAUGUUUUAUAGAUUUUUAUGUGGAUUAUAGAUAUAUAGCUUCAGAAUUCAACUCUCUACCUAAAUAAUGUUUACAUGCUUAAAUAUUUUACAGAUUUUUAUGUGGAUUGUAUAGAUAUAUAGUUUCAUAAUUUAACUCAGGAAAAUGGUCGUCAUGUUUUUUAUUGUAUUUAAUGGCAUUUGACAGUAUCAUAUUUUGGUUACAAAGUAUGUACACAUUUAAUUUUUAAUUACAUUAUAUCAAAAUGGCAACAAUAUUCGAAGGUUUUCUUCAUUAUUAAUAGGUUUGUUUAAAAUGAAAAACAUUUGGGGGUUUUCAUUCUUAAUGUUCAUUAAAUAACAUGUCAAAAGAUUUCAUGUAUUAAAAAAAAAAAAACUGGAAGGGAAGUAACUCUGCUAACUGUUCAGAUCUGUUCAGAAAGCAAUGUUUGAUGAGCUCAUUAAUUUUUUUUUUAAAUUAAUUUAUCCUGGCAAUGGUAAUCCUACAAAAUAUAACAAUGUUAGAGAAUUGUAUUUACUUAGUUUUCAAAUUAGCAUUUUGGAAAAUGUUCAAUGAACUAUACAUAUCCAUCGUUAAUUUGGCUAAGAGCAGCUUCCUAUUAUGCUUGAAUUUUAGAAUGGAAUUUAUUGUUGGUUAUCUAAAUUAUUGACAAGUAACACAAGACCAACUGUAAACUUUGGAACGGUUGCACAUUGUUUUUAUUUUAUAUUGGGGUAUGUUUUUUGUAAUGUACGUGUAUUAUCAUUAUGACAUCUCCUAAAUGUAGAACUUCCAUCUGUAUGGUUUAUUGUGGAAACGAUUAACCAUAAUGUGAGAUUACGGGUAUAGUCCACAUGAUAUAACGCACAAAGCCGUAUUCAGGGUUUUUUGUUUUAUUAUAUUCAUACGCACAAACGAUAAUCAGGUUUAUAGGUUUUAUUAUGUAUGUUAGUUGACUCAAAUGUAUUGUCAUAUAUAGAUGUUUCAUGCAUCUUGUUUUGACACACUAGCACACAAAGAAUUUAUUACAUUGAUGUUUGGGCAUUAUUUGCCGUUUUGCUGUGGUGGUUGUGACAUGAAACCUUUUUGGGGGGUUAGUGGGUAAGAGGAUUGUGUUCCAAUGUUUAAAGGUAAUGUAUUUAGAUGGAUAUAAUUUGUGUUAUAUUCAGACAACUUUUGGUAUGGAUUUUUAAAACAAGUUUUGUGUGAAAAUAAAAUUCAUUUGUAAACA